CCACGAGUGCCGAAUGCUUACGUUUUCUACGUGGAUUGGUUGACCGGCAACACUCUGCCACUACCUCUCAAAAGUUCGUUGAUCGUCAGUUUUGACCGACCAGAACAUGCAAGUGCCUUCUUACAGGAAGGCACCCUACAUCUAAAUUGUAUUCCAUUAGAACGUAAGAGUUUGAUGAGCAUUACUGUCUUUGUCAGUGCCCAAUUUGUCAGAUGUUUGAGCACUCCCGGCGCAACUGCAACUCUUCCAGACGUUGUCCUUAUUGUGGGGACAGCCACAAACCGGUAAAGUGUCGGAACACAGCCAACCUCAUACGCGCCAAUUGUCAAGGUCCAUACGCCUCCCAAGAUACGUUCUGCAGAGCGCUGGGGCUUGCCCACGAUAGGAUCAAGUUCUUACAGAAGCACAGGGCCAGCCCUUAUCCAAAGCCGGCCGUAAAACCAGCUACAGUGCCCUCAGCCGGAGAGCAGGCUGCGCCGAAACCCAAAGAGCGAACCCUGCCGCCUGACUCAAAAGUGCGUAUUGACGCAAAUUGCAACACUAGCACAGAAAGACCAAGACGAAAGAAGUGCAACUGCGGCAAGGCUGCUAAUGCCAACCUACCUGUCAGUACGUCCUUGCCUGUCGAUUCUAAAGAACCCUCCUGUUACCCCUCUACAGCAAACCGCGGCCAUACAGGCCACCUGCAGAAGCCCGCUGGGCACCUUGAAUCAGCAGACGAGGAACAAACCCCAAGCCUUAGACCCUACCAAAUACCCCCAAGGGUCAUAGUAUCCCUUCAAGGACAAGCGGACAGCGGAGCACCGUAACUGCCUGUCUCAGCAACGCGCACUAGAAAUGAUUUAGGAAAGCGAAGUUGAUGUACUAUCAAUACCCAAGUUCAAU